CUGGGCUGCUAACAGACAGCAAACUCUGUGCAAGGAACCACCCUAAGAUUGAACCCAAACACAAGUGGACUGGGGUAAAAUAUAACAAGAAGCGCUUGAUUAGGACACUAAAAGGAUUCGGGAGAAAGUUUUCCAUUUUUCUUAGUGGAGAUUGCAAUAUUGUUUUGAGAAAAUGUGUUGUGGAGGGUGUGCAAAGUGCCUGGGAGUUACUCUCAUUCCUCUGGCUGUGCUGUGUGCCCUUGCCAAUAUUUUGCUGUUUUUUCCUGGAGGAAAAUAUGAAACCAGUGACCAUAUUUCUGAUGAAGUCUGGUACUUUGGAGGGAUCUUGGGUUCGGGUGUACUGAUGGUGUUUCCCAUCUUGGUCUUUAUGGGGCUUAAAAACAAUGAUUGCUGUGGAUGCUGCGGGAAUGAAAGCUGUGGGAAGAGGUUUGCGAUGUUUACUUCUAUAAUAUUCGCCGCAGUGGGAGUUUUGGGAUCUGGGUACAGCUUUGUUUUGUCAGCUGUUGCUAUGAACAAAGGCCCUAAAUGUCUUACGCGCAAUAACGAAUGGACCUAUCCAUUUGAAAAUGGGAAUUAUCUGGGGAACCAUUCUUAUUGGAGUGAUUGCGAGUACCCUGAGUCUAUCGUGCCCUGGAAUUUGACACUAUUCUCUUUGCUGCUGAUAAUGAGUGGAGCUCAGAUGGUGCUGUGUGCCAUUCAGGCAGUCAACGGGCUCUUCGGAACACUGUGCGGGGACUGUAAAUGUUGUGGGUGCUGUGGGGGAGAUGGAGCCGUUUAAAGCACACAGAAAUUGAAGCAAUUGCCUCUUAUGAUGCAGACAAUAUUCUUUCAGUUGCCAGAGCCUUAUACAUAACAAGCCGAUGUAGAAUGAGGGGCAUUUCCUCCAUUGCCCUGACUGCCUUUCUCCUCUUACUGAAAAAUUCUCAAUGAACCUAGCCACGGUUUUGUCUGUAGCAUAUUUAUUUUUGUAAUGAGUUGCUUUCCGGGAGAUACUGUUCAGAAUUACCUGUACUGCCUUUCCUCACCAAAUCAGCUAUUUUGAUGGCUCAAUAUUAUCCUGACUGCUGAGCCUGAGCCCAGUAAGAGGUUGAAUCUGAAAUCUGCCUGACCUACAUAUUCUUUUGCUUCCUUUCUUUCAAGGCGCAGCUCUCAGCCAUCUCUCUUCCUGGCAAUCUCCCUUCCUCCACAUUAGGGCUGCUCACCUACAACUCUUGGUGAAAAAAGCCAGGUUUAGACUGUCUUAUAUGAUAUGCAUGCUGCUCCCCAUCCGUACAGUGCUGCCAGGUCUCCUGCUAUGGUGGAAGAUGCCCCAGCUGCAGCCCUCGCCCCAUACCUCUACUCUGUAAGGUGGUGGGGAAAACAUAAGCAGAAAAUCACCAUUGCAGAAAUUGCAGAAUGCCAUUUCUGAGGUGAACCCAGAAGUGAUAUCGUGCCAUCCAUGAGACACACAAGAAUUCACUGGAAAUUCUGUGGUAAACCAGGGUUUCUGGUAUAUCAAACAGCAUCAUGCAGUUGACAUGACAGUGCCCCCGAUGUCCCCAGCUCCACAGUCUCCCUCUGGACACCAUCCUCUGGCUGGCUACCCUUUACAAAUAUGACCUGUUUUAGAUGCCAAAUGGCAAGUGCUUCCAGAAUUGUUAGCAUGAAGGCAGGCAUUCUCACUGGACUUAGUCAAUCUGGCUAGACUAGCCUGAUUCAACUCAUCUCCACAAAAAGAGCACUGUGUACUCCUAAGUCAAAGAGAUGUUUGUACUUUUGAUUGUUACACAUCAUGGAGAACUUCAGUGUGGGCAGCUUUUCCUGUCAGUGGAGUGAAAGAUAUGGCUGCUGGCUAUUCCCUGGCGGAGAGCUAUGACAGAUGUGGAGUCCCCUUUGAACUAUCUUGUACUCAAAGGGUUGCAAGCUUAAGUCUGGCCUUGCUCCUGUGCCUGCCCUAAUGACCAUUGAGCUGCUUCGUUUUCUUGGGCUGCCUUUUAAGACACAGCUUCGGGGGUCGGGGGGGGGGAGGCAACCCCAGGUGGCAACUGGACUCUUAUUUGUGGGCAUCUGCUAAUGCAACUCUUGGAACUACAUUCCAGUUUCCUGCCAUUUUACCAAAAGAUUAUUGUGUAAGAACUUUGUGCCGGGGGGGGGGGGGCAGGAAUCUGCAAAUCAUUAAAAUAUUUGCUUUUUGUAGAA